AUGGAACUAGAGGAAAUCACGCCAUCCUCAAAGCCUCAUCCACCUGUUGUGGGCAAAGUGACUCAUCACAGCAUCGAGUUAUACUGGGAUCUGGAAAAGCGAGUGAAACGGCAAGGACCUCAGGAGCAGUGGUUCAGGUUCUCAAUUGAAGAAGAAGACCCCAAAAUGCACACUUACGGUAUCAUUUAUACGGGAUACUCAACAAAGCACGUUGUAGAAGGUCUGGAACCACGAACACUGUACAAAUUCCGACUGAAGGUCACCAGCCCCUCUGGAGAAUACGAGUACAGCCCAGUGGUCUCUGUAUCUACCACCAGAGAACCCAUAAGUAGUGAGCACUUUCACCGAGCUGUCAAUGUGAAUGAUGAAGAUUUGCUGGUUCGAAUACUUCAAGGAGGAAAUGUUAAGGUUGAUGUUCCCAAUAAGUUUGGCUUUACUGCUCUGAUGGUCGCUGCCCAGAAAGGCUACACCAGGCUUGUGAAAAUCCUCAUCUCUAAUGGCACGGAUGUGAAUAUGAAGAACGGAAGUGGCAAGGACAGUCUGAUGCUUGCAUGCUACGCGGGACACCUAGAUGUUGUGAAAUAUCUCCGAAGACACGGCGCUUCCUGGGAGACCAGAGACCUAGGAGGCUGCACGGCUCUGCACUGGGCUGCAGAUGGAGGCCACUGCAAUGUGAUUGAGUGGAUGAUAAAAGAUGGCUGUGAGGUAGAUGCUGUGGACACAGGCUCAGGAUGGACCCCACUCAUGAGAGUCUCUGCAGUCUCUGGAAACCGGAGUGCAGCCUCCGUGCUGAUCGAAGCUGGAGCGGACGUGAACAUGAGAGAUAAAGAUGGAAAGACCCCGCUCAUGGUGGCCGUGUUAAAUAAUCACGAGGAGUUAGUCCAGUUACUUCUUGACAAAGGAGCAGAUGCAAGUGUAAAAAAUGAGUUCGGCAAAGGUGUCCUAGAAAUGGCCAGAGUUUUUGACAGAGAGAAUGUGGUCUCCUUAUUAGAAGAAAGGAAAAGAACCCAAAUGGCAAAGAAGUAGUCUGUCUGCUGA